ACCAUGACAACCAGUAAACAACGGCCGCCUUCUCUGAGCUAAAAGAGGAUGAGUGUACGCACCUACAAUCCUAGCGUCCGCGUUGGGAACUGGAAUGAAGAUCUGUGCCUAGAAGAGGAGCAACUGAAGGACUUUCUGGAGAAGAAAGACAGGGGAGAGCUGACGGUGCAGAAAAAGACAAAUUUCCUCAAGACUAUCCUCAGAAAUAGUCUGUCUGUUGCACACGCCGACAAAGACGGUGGUGUCCGCCCAUGUCACAUCGCCAGGGCCUUUGACGCCACUCGACUGGAGAGCGGAUGUGGGGUGACUUGCUCUCGGCAGCUCACUCCAUGCCCACGAAAUGUCUUUGUCAUUACGAGUUAUGGUGAACAAGAGGCAAAAGAGGGUGAAGUAGUGUGCUACGGCCAACCAGUGGCUCUUGUGACACUUCCCGACGAAGGUGGACAGCUUGGUCUGCACAGUGAUAGAGCCACAUUCACCAAACACUCGCGGUUCUCUCGAGAGCAGGAGGUUCUACUCGAGGAAGACAUCAGCUACAACUCUGCUUGGAAGUUUAUAUGUUUCAGUCAAGAUGAAAGGCUUGAAACAGAAGGAACUCCUGUACCCGCCAAUACCAGAGUGUUCCUCAACCACUGCAAGACAAACCACAACCUGGCAGUACACGAAGAGUGGACUUACAAGACUCCAUUUGGAAGAGAGCUAGAGGUGACAGGACACACCCACCUCAACACACACAAGGCAGAGGACGUCCACAACCAUUUCAUGGUGGUCACAGGCAGUCUGGAAGACGCAGUCGCCUCGCUCUCUCCCUCUUCUUGAGAUCUUUACUCCGUAACCUCUUCCAACAUUGUAUACUAGUGUACCUGGAUACAUACAGUAUAUAUAUGCUACGGGAAUUGUGUUCUAUUUUCAUUCUGUAAAGAGCCACAUUGUACAAACAUAGCACUACUGUUGCAUGCUGCAUUAUAAAAAAAACAUAAAAGUUAUAAUGAAUCACUGCUGCAUUGGUAUAUAUUCCAAAAACAUAAGUAUGUCUUUUAAGAUGGUUUAUCUUGAAUGGAGCACUGUGAUAGAGAAAGCAGAGGUGAAUAAUGUUAUAGAAUGCGGGGUUUCUUAUAUAUAACAUACCUUCUUCUUCUUUGGACAGUAGCAACAUGCCCUACAGAGGAAAUUGUAAGGUUGGGAUGACGUGAUAUUAUAGGUGGACAGAGAAAGAGUGGGAGCGAGAUAAUAACAACGAAAGGUUGAAGGGGAAAAGAAUAAAGUUUUAAGCGAGAGAGGCGGGAAAGACGAAAGGUUGAAUUUAGCAAAA